AAUAAAAAUUAGAUAUCUACGAACGCGAAUUACAUAAAGUUGGCUAAAACUAAGGAGUGUACUAAGGAUUAACAGAUUAUCUUCUCUCUCACGGGUACGAUCUUGACAUAGUGGCAGGGUUCAGUACCUAGAGGAUAUUUACAUGAAAAGAACGAUUUUUCUCGUAUCUAAAAAUUUUCAGAUUUAUCUGAAUGAUACAUCUAGAUAAAUUUUUAGAUAUUGAGUAAAAUCAUUCUCUUCGUGUAAAAAUCCAACGGGGAAGCUAACGUACCUUCGUCGCCGAUUUAUUUGAAAAUGAUCGAACCGCAGCCGGUUCGUCGCGUCGCGUGUUUGCCGGGAGUGCCGUUUAAGUUAUCGGACUCAAAUUAUAGUCCGCGCGCGAUUAUAUUAUUCGCGAGUGUUUUACGCGAGUGUCCUGUGCAAGAGGAUGUCAACCCUAUUCUGAGAGGAGGAGGAGAUCUGGGAGAGACAUGGGCACCAAUGGAACAAUCUUGCGUGGAGGAGAGUACAAAGACUGUUGCGAAUGAAGCUGCAAACACGGAACAAACCAAGACGCAAAUUAACGGCGAUAUCGGUAUGUACCUCAAAAUUAGAAAAAUCUCUAGUUGAUCAUUAAUCCU